UAGAACCAACAAAUCAACGUUAAGUGUUGACUAGACGACAAUUCAGCAGUUGUUCUGCUGAACGCGGCCAUUGAUAAUCAGGAUGGCUACUGUCAGUGAUAAAAUAAAAAGCUGUGAGGUAUGCGGUGCAGCAAAAGCUAAAUAUACUUGCCCAAAAUGUGAGGUUAAAUCAUGCUGUCUCGCGUGUGUAAAUGUCCACAAAAGGGAACUAAACUGUGAUGGAAUUCGUGAUAAAACAAAAUUUGUCCCUUUAGCGUCUUUCACUGAUAUGGAUGUACUGAGCGACUAUCGUUUUCUUGAGCAAAUUAACAGAUCAAUUGAUAUAAAGAAAAGAAAUCCAGAAAGAAAAUACACACGUCAAAAUAUUUUACCAGUGCACUUAUAUAAAUUGAGGAAUGCUGCAGCUUAUAGAAAAGUAUCACUGUUAUUUAUGCCACAAAUCUUUAGUCGGCACAAGGAAAACACUACAUUUCUCAAUUGGAAGACCAAUGAAUUAUUCUGGAGAAUAGAAUGGAUUUUCCCACAAGCUGAAAACACGAAGUGGAUUGUGAAAAAAGCUUUAGACAACAUUACAUUAGCGACGCUUUUAGACCAGGUUUUAAAUCCAGUCUCUUUAGAAGAAGAUACUAAUAUUGCAGAAUUAAAUGCAAGAUUGGUUCUGGCAAAUAAAUUACAAUUUUAUAGAGCAGCUGGAGUAAACGGUAUUAAAGUAUUAUUAAAAGCUGAAAAAAUAAAGAAAGCAAACUUUCGAUUUUAUCAGUUGGAUCUUACACUUACAUUGAAAGAAAAUUUAGAAAAUAAAACUAUAGUGGAAUUUCCAACAUUGCAUGUCAUUAUGAAGGAUCAUUCGUAUAUGUAUGAAAUUAUAGAUACUGAUGAAGAAACGAGUGAUACAGAGUGUAAAAAUUAUAGAGCAAAGAGAAAAAAAAUUAGUAAUGAUGGGUAUAACACUAACAAAAAAGAAAAUGGAGCAGUAAAUUACUUCUUCAAUGAUUUUUCAGAAUCUGAUGACGAAAGGAUAGAUAACAAAUUACAAGAAAAAAAAUCUGAUUUUAAUAUACCUCAUUAUGAAGAUUUAGUCAAAAAAUGUCAAUAAUAGAAUUAUUAUAAAUACUUAUUAUUAUAAAUACUUAUAUAUAGAUUUUUAUUGGAAAUACAUCAUCAUUAGUUUCAGUACAAUUGAAAUACAUACAAAU